UUCAACAAAACGCACUUCCGCUUGCGGCUGCAGACCGACUCGCUCGUUUUCCUGCUUCACUGUGAACAUUUGCAGAAGUGUGUGUUUGUGUGUGUGUGUGGAGCCCAGGCUUUUGAGACCCCAUCCUCCAUCAGCCGGACAGCCUCAGCGGACUGCAGCCAUGCGUGUGUGCCUCCUGCUCGCCGUGGCGCUGGCGGCGGUGAGCGCGGCCGACAAGAAGAAGGUGCAGAUCGGCGUGAAGAAGCGGGUGGACCACUGCCCCGUCAAGUCGCGGAAGGGGGACGUGCUGAACAUGCACUACACCGGCAAGCUGGAGGACGGCACCGAGUUUGACAGCAGCAUCCCCCGCAACAGGCCGUUCACCUUCACGCUGGGCACCGGCCAGGUGAUCAAGGGCUGGGACCAGGGCCUGCUGGGCAUGUGCGAGGGCGAGAAGAGGAAGCUGGUCAUCCCCGCCGAGCUCGGCUACGGAGACCGGGGAGCCCCGCCGAAGAUCCCGGGAGGGGCCACGCUCAUCUUCGAGGUGGAGCUGCUGAGCAUCGAGAGGAAGUCGGAGCUCUGAUGAAGGGAGACGGGCGCUUGGGAGGGCUGCUUUCACAAUGUUCCAGGUGGCGCCACAGAGUCGAGUGGAAAUCUGACCACUGAUGCUGAUGAUGCUGAAGACCGCUUGCCCAAGCCGGAGAGGAGAGGAGUGUGGCGCCCCCUGCAGAGCCACCGAUGUCCCAGCACCGACUUCACUUCUUAUGUCUUGAUUUGAUUUUUUUUUUAGGGAGAUUCUUUUUUUUUGUUAACGGUUAAUUUGGUUAUUGAUGCAGGACCAGGUGUUUUUUUUUCCCCAGCUGAACGUGAACACACCUGCAGUGAGAAGCCGCAGCGUUUGGUUUACAACGUCAGCAUCUGUCACUUCACUUCGCGACUGUUUGAAUUUUAAUGGUUUCUACGAGGGUACCUUCAUAUCUGUACACCGUUUUGCACAGUAGAAUUACACUUGUUCAUUUUGUAAACAGGCAGAUGACGGGAUCAGAAUCACAUGUUGGUGUUCAAUGAAAGUCUGAAAUUGUAUUAAUAAAAAAGUUUGGCCUUUUGGGAACAUUUACA